CAUUUCAUGCAUAUCUUUUACAACAUACACCAUAGCAUAUCAUAGCAUUGAAAUCUCAUAGCAUAGCAUUGAAAUCUCAUAGCAUAGCAUUAAAAUCUCAUAGCAUAGCUUUCAGAACUCCAUUCUCCAUAUCAUACCAUAGCAUACCAUAGCAUAGCAUUAAACAUCGGGAUCGGUUAAGAAAAAAGAUCAAAUUUUAAGAAUGAAAAAACCCCAAAACGAAACAAGCAACAAACAGCUUAAUUUGCUUUAUUUUUUAAAUUAUAUAUCAUUAUUUUCAUUUAUUGAAGCUUCAAAAAGGGUACUUUAUUAACGAUAAGGAAUCGAAAAUGAAAUAACUGUCAAAACGGAUCGGAUGUUAAUAUAACUCGCAUUUUCUCGACCCACGUGUCGCGCAGAUCGGUUGCGGAGAUGGAGGAUGGAUUUAUCUUACAGUUUCUGUUGAAUCAAGGAUACUUAAUGUUCUGAAUGAGAUGAUGCAUCCAAAAAGUGGGCACUUGUCCUCUUCGAUUGGGAUGGAUGCACUGCCAUCAUCGAAUCAAAACGACUGGUUGGAAAAGAAGACAGAAAAGUUGGGAGCAAGUUCAAGCUGUCGUUUGAUGGGAGACUUCAUGAAGUAGAGAUUCUUGGCUUUGGAUAUGAAGACCACCAUCUGCAUGCCAAAGACAACCAGUGGGACAGAUCGACCCGAGCCAAAGCUAUUGCUGCAGUUAGAGAUGCACGGGAAUUGACAAGAAGAGGGAAAUAUGGUGGUUACCUGGAUAUACACGACUCUGAUAAUUCAGAUGAGGAUGAGGAGGCUAUAUUCAGUCCAGAUACGUCUCAUCUAAGGACAAGAGCAAACCCUAAUUGCAGGAAAACCACUUCAAAGAAACAGCCACAAAAGACAAGUACCCCUUCAACACAAUAGCAGGCACAGCAAAGACCCCAAGAGACACAGAGACAGCACAUUGAGGGCACAAAUGGACGUUCAGUCACCAUUCUGUAUGAAGGAUCAGGGGACUAUGAAGGUCAUUCUAGUCCAAAAAGACAGCCCUGUUCGUUCGAGGACUUAACAUCAGAUCAAGUGGACAUCAUCCUUAACCAAGUAGAAUCUGCACAAAAGAACUUAAUCAGCACCAUGACAAUGACUGAUGACAUCGUUAUUGUUCAGAGUGAGGAGGAUAUAGCAUCACUGUGCAAAGACUGCAAUGGAACCCACCAUUCUCAGACAUCCGUUCAGACACAGCUCAAGGACAUCAAGUCUUCUCAAAAAGCCCUGGAGAAGAAAGUGGACAGUCUUCUAGAAAUAUUGACCACAUUUGUGAAAAAGCAGGAGACCUGUGUAACCAUUGAUCUGAAUACAUCAAGCUUUGUUAUUGAACCUGAAUCUACACCACCUUCUAAAGUGACCAAGGCUUUGAACAAUAUUCUUACCACCAGUGUUAUGAGCACUACUGCACAAGACACUUCCGCUGCUAAAAUUCCUUUCAACACUUCGAUCCUGGACAACACCUGUGACACUUCAACCACCCGUAACAACUUGACGACAGGCAGGACUACAAUGACAGGCAACAUCCUGACCACUUUGAGGGCAUCAACCACUAGCAAGAACUCGAUUGACAGCACCACAGGCAACAAUUCAACAAGCAACACCCAGACCACAAGCAAGACACUGAGGGGCAGCACUCCAUCCACAGGCAACUUGACUGGCCGCACCCUUUCAACAGACAACUCGAUGGGCAGCACUCCAUCCACAGACAACUCGACUGGCUGCACCCUUUCAACAGACAACUCGAUGGGAAGCACUCCAUCAACAGACAACUCGACAGGCCGCGCCCUUUCAACAGACAACUCGAUGGGCAGCACUCCAUCCAUAGUCAACUCGACAGGCCCCACCCUUUCAACAGACAACUCAAUGGGCAGCACUCCAUCCACAGGCAACUCGACAGGCCGCACCCUUUCAACAGACAACUCGAUGGGCAGCACUCCAUCCACAGACAACUCGACUGGCCGCACCCUUUCAACAGACAACUCGAUGAGCAGCACUCCAUCGACAGGCAACUCAACAGGCCGCACCCUUUCAACAGACAACUCGAUGGGCAGCAUCCAAAUGUCAGGCAAGACCUCGACUACCAACACCCCUUUGACAGGUCACAACUCAUUGGGCAACACCUUGAUUGGCAGCACUCCAAGCAUGUUCAUAACCUCAAGCAUGGUUGGCACCUCAACACCAGUGACAUCUUUUGAAACAACUUCCAGAGAAGAACCUAGAGUUUUGUUGAUGGAUGCCUCAAAUGAUGAGUUGCCACCACCUGUGUGUGAAACAAUUGCCGAACUUGUGUUAGUUGAGGAAAAUGAAGAAAAUGUUGCCCCAUCAUUGGAAAGUAGGUUUGCCAACCAGAUGAAGAAGCCUCGACUGCAGCGAAUGAAACGAUUUCCAAGUCCUUGCAAGGCUAAUGCCAUUACAACUUAUAUAAGAAGCAGUGAGGAUGUCGAGCCUGGAAACUACGAGAUUCUUGUUUGCCCAGAUGUACUAAUGGAAAUCAAAGAUCGUUCUUGUUCUGAUGGAAACUUUUUGUUGAACACAGCAAGAAGAAUUUUCAAGGAGGAAGAGCUGGAAGGAAAGAAUUAUUCUGGAAGGAAAGGGAGGCCUGGGAUUUCGCCUAGACGAAAACAUGCUCUUCAACAUGCGUUUGCAGAACACUGUUCGUCGAACAUUGAUGACUUCAAGCGGGCAGUGAUUGCUUUGAACUCAGGAAUUAGAGGAAUGGCAUUCAAGUAGUUCAUGGAUUUGUGAAAAGUGUAAAAAACAAAUUACAUUUCACCAAAUGUAUUAUACAUGGUUUUUUUAAAAUGUACACUAGUGAUGAACAUGAUGAUACACAUGUAUUUAUGACUUUAGAUGCCUAUGAUAUAAUGAUUUUAAAUGUCAUUACAUUUAUGCAAUUAAAUCACAGUUAUAAGGAUAACAUUUUGAAUCUGUUGUCAUAAUAAAUUCUCUU